CUUUGUUGCUAAUCUUUAGCCCGAGAUUUCAAACCAGGCUAAUCGUCCUAUAGCAAUCGCCCCGAGUGCUGGGUAAUCCGGCUUCUACAACAGGUGCGUCGUACAUGCCGGGUCUACAAGCCGAUGACGGACCGGAUUGUUAGUCGUACAGCUUUUUGAAUAGCCUUACCACUGUCCUUUUGAAUCAUUCCACUACAUCUCUGUGUAUAGACCCCAAUUCCGACCAGCAAGCCUCGCGAUCCUUCAUGAUGGGCUCCGACGUCGAAAUGUACGGCAAGAACACGAAUGGCAGCGCCAGCGUUGAAGCAACCGCCUUUCCUGUGUCCUCAAAUCCCGACAAACUGCCAGAGUUUGAUGAUCCCGAGAGAGAUGCAGUCUUUGGAGCGAGAAAAGAGGGCGAGGUCGACUAUAGAUCAGUUGGAAUGCUCAAAUCCAUCGUUCUUAUGGUAAAGCUUACCAUUGCCCUCGGUGUACUGGCUAUGCCACAAGUUUUGCUUGAAGUCGGGGCAGUACCAGGCGUCAUUAUCAUCGUUGUCAUUUCAGCAUUAACCACCUGGUCGGGGCGCGUUAUCGGCGCUUUCAAAGCCAAUCACCCCGAAGUGUACUCUCUGGAUGGCGUGGGAUACGUAUUGGCAGGAAACUGGGGCAGGGAGUUUUUUUCCUUUGCCUAUGCCCUCUUCAUGAUUUGCUUGUGCGGAUCAGGUUUCAUCACUACGUCGCUGGCUUUCAACGCCAUCACAGAUCAUGCCGCUUGUACAGUGGUUUGGGCGGUUGUCGCUGCUGCGGUCACUUUUGCCUUUGCUUCACUACAGACGCUCAAUAAAGUCUCCAUCCUGGGUUGGAUUGGGUUCUUCUCCAUCCUGUCUGCCAUCCUCAUCAUCACCGUUGCUGUCGGUGUCGAGGAUCGUCCUGAAGCCGCACCUUCCACCGGCCCUUGGGACAAAGACAUUCAUGCUUUCAACUCUGAAGCCUCUUUCCUGAGUGGCAUGGGGGCUGUCUCUACUACCGUCUUUGCCUACUGCGGUACCCCGGCCUUCUUCAAUGUCAUCGGCGAGAUGCGUCAACCCAAGCGUUUCAACCAAGCUCUCUUUGCUUCCCAGGGCCUGUGCACGGCCCUCUACAUUACCAUCGGCGUUGUGGUUUACUACUAUUGUGGGCAGUACAUCUCGAAUCCUGCUCUUGGAUCCGCCGGCAUCAUCAUCAAAAAGGUAUCUUAUGGAAUCGCUCUGCCUGGUCUGUUCGUUGGUUGCAUCCUCUAUACCCACGUCGGCGCCAAGAUGUUGUUUGUUCGUCUCCUGAGGUGCGUAACAGCAAUUUGACCCCUGACGAUGGCUGACGAUGUUUAAAGAGGGUCUGAUCAUCUCACGGGAACCUCAUUCAUCCAUUGGUCCGUGUGGCUCGGCACUGUAGGCAUGAGCGUAGCUAUCGCCUUUAUUCUCGCUGAAUCCAUUCCAUUCUUUGGCGACUUUGUCUCUCUUGUCGGCGCAACCCUCGGCACCUUCCUCUGCCUCAUCACCCCCGCUCUCAUGUGGUUAAACGACAACUGGGCCCUUUGCAAGGAGCGCACUUCUAUCGGCUUCCGGUCACGUAUCGCACUGAGCGUGUUCACCCUACUGGCAGGUGUCUUUAUCGUCAUCACGGGCACAUGGUCGGCUGUGCUCAGUAUCAAAGAUUCAUACGCGGAUGGUUCAGUCGGAAGUGCAUUCUCGUGCGCCGACAACAGCAAUUGAGACUGGCUGGCCAGUGCAGAAGGAAAGAAGAAAAUCAUUAUUGUACAAUACUCCAUAGCAUAGGCAUUGCAUGCAUCACAGAAGAGAAUAACUAUCGUUG